AUUGGGUACAAAAUAAAAAACAUCCAUGGAUACUCGCUGGUUUGUCUCCUGCUUUUACUAAAAUGGCACAACCGAUUUGGACUAGUACACCAUUCACAACUAAUGCCGGAGAAUCCGCUCAUGCGAAUAUUAACAGGAAUGGGCAUAAUUUAUCUUUAUUGGCCGCAAUUACUAAGUAUGGCCAAAGAAUUUGA